CUUACCUAAUGGUAAAACCUCUACCUUACAGUCCUCCAACUACUAAAGGAUCAGUUUUUCUUUCCUUUCAGAUUUAUUCCUUGCUGGUUAAGUCUUCUUAGUACACUAAAAAGCAGCGAUAUCUAUAUAUCUGAUGAUGGAAUCAUCAAUCCAAGAAACCAGAAAAAAGCCGAAAACAGAGCCAAGAAACCAAGAAUCGGAUAUGUCCUCUGAAAUUGAGAUAUGGGUUGUUCCAUUUUUUGGGCAGGGUCAUCUCUUCCCCUGUUUGGAACUCUGCAAGCAAUUUACCUCCCGCAAUUGCAAAGCAAAUUUCAUCAUUUCCUCCAAUCUCUCUUCCUCUAUACCCUCCUCUUUCCGGCAACACUCUCUCUGUGAGGUCUCUGAACUACCGUCGGCACCGCCUGCUCCUCCAGAGCCUGGCUCUAACGACCCCCUUCACCAUCACCGGAAGCAGCAUGCGGAGAUAGCUCAAGGAAUUGAAAAGCUCCUCUCAGACAGAUCCGAGAAUGGUAGCCUGCCGGUCUGUGUAGUGAUCGACGUUAUGAUUGGGUGGAUGGGGGAGAUCUUCAAUAAAUUUGGGAUUUCGACAAUUGGGUUUUUCACGUCUGGCGCAUGUUCUUCAGCUUUGGAGCAUGCCAUGUGGAAGGCGCAUCCGCUGGAUGUAAAGCCGGAAGAAACCCGUUUGCUUCCUGGGUUGCCGGACGAAAUGGGUCUCACGGUGUCGGAUCUUAAACGCCGCCCUCACGGGCCUCCUGGUGGGAGAGGUGGACCAGGUGGACCUGAGCCUGGUUUUCCUCCUGGUUUUCCUCCUGGUCCACCGGGUGCUCCCGGGUCUGGUUUUCCUGCUGGUCCGCCUGGUGCUGCCGGUCCACGUAUGUGGGGCCCACCAAAACCCGGUGACCAGCCACCGUGGAUGGAGGAGGUCAAGGACUCAAUCGCGUUGCUGAUCAACACGUGUGACGAUCUCGAGCGUCCGUUCAUUGAGUACUUAGUCAACCGAAUCGGAAAACCAGUUUGGGGAGUCGGCCCACUGUUGCCGGAACAGUUCUGGAAAUCGGCAAAAUCCUUGCUUCACGACCGCGAAAUUCGAAGCAACCGGCAAUCGAGCGUAACCGAAGACGAGGUGGUCGAGUGGCUGGACUCGAAGCCGCAGGUAUCGGUGCUGUACGUUUCGUUCGGCAGCGAGGGGGGCCCCACCAUGCAGGAAUACUCACAACUGGCCGAUGCUCUGGAAUCAUCGGAGCGGCCGUUCAUUUGGGUGAUCCAACCCGGCUCUGGAAGGGAGGGUCCUCCGCGUCACUUCCUCGGAAACCAGCCCGACGAUGGCUACUUCCCUCACGGCCUUGAUCAAAAGGUGGGUAAAAGGGGUCUCAUAAUCAAGGGAUGGGCACCGCAAUUGCUGAUACUCAGCCAUCCAUCGACGGGCGGAUUCCUAUCCCACUGUGGAUGGAAUUCGACGGUUGAGGCGAUCGGACGUGGAAUUCCGUUCCUGGCGUGGCCUCUUAGAGGCGACCAAUACUGGAAUGCCAAACUAGUAGUGCAGCGUCUUAGGGUGGGGUACAUGAUCUCCGACGAUAUGUCGCAAUCGGUGAAGAAGGAUGAUAUAAUUAAUGGGAUAGAGAUGCUGAUGGGAGAUGAAGAGAUGAAAAAAGGAGCUGCGACGCUUAGCUGCAAAUUCCACCAUGGCUUUCCCGCGAGUUCCGUGGCUUCUUUGGAUGCAUUCUGCGACUUCAUCAGCAAAAAGUGAAUAAUACUUUGUUCCAAUUAUGGUGAACCACAAAUAUAUUAUGACUGAUGUCUUUUCUUCUAACAUGGCAGUGAAAUUUACUGAAUUGAGGUUUUUGUUAUGGAACUUGAGAGUUACCCAUAAUUCGGGAGAUGCUGUUUUGCAUUUUUGUUUUUAAUUUUUAUUCAAAUUUGAGAAAAUAAAAUAAAAUAAAUUUG